GUAUCAAGCCUGAUACAACAAGCAAGUAAGCAAACGGCUCCACGCGCCUCGUUCCGUCGAAAGCCACACGCAAGCUUCCAGUCCCCUCGCCGGCGCGCCACCUCCCGCGGAUACAAGAACGGCCUACGUGCCUGCGUGCUUUGCUUCACUCCACUCCACUCUACUUCGUCCAUACAGGGAAAACAAAGGCAGCGUGGUCUGGAAUCCAAAACAGGGCGAGCGGCACGGCAGCGGAGGGGAGACCACGGUGGUUGGCUGGCUAGUUGCCCUCUCCGCCCGCCAGAGACCUCUCCUCUCCUGUCCCCACCCCCUUUGGCCUUUGCUCGUUCGUGGCGCUCCCGUACGCGUCCAGCGACGAGAGUUUACCGCUCCGGUUUCGCUUCGUACGGGCGGUUGAUACUUGAUAGCGGUUGAUAAGAGGCGCGGCGGCGGGGCGAGAGAGCUUGGUUGCGCCGAGGUUGCGCGAAACUACUAGAAGGAGGGGGGACGAGGAGGAGUGCGGAGUGUGUCUUGCUUUGCUUUGCCUCGCCUGUCCGGGCUGGUUGGUUGGUCUCCCGCUCGCUACAGUCCAAGCCGACGCACAAAUCUCGGUCUCGGACGCGCCGCCGCGGUAGGAUUCCGGGUGCCUCGAUUCCUUGUUUCUUUCCGAGGUAUCCACGAGGUUCGCUGCCAUGGAGCCAGCAGGCGUGGCGCAUUGAGGCGCGCGUGCGGGGCCGUGGAGUGGAGGGGCAUGGAUCUGGAAGCCGCGGGCGGCGCGGAGGCGGCGCACGGGAAGCGGCGGGCGACGCUGCUGCUAGCGUACCAGAGCCUCGGGGUUGUGUACGGCGACGUGGCCACGUCGCCGCUCUACGUCUACAAGAGCGCCUUCGCGGGCGACGACAUCCAGCACUCGGAGGGCAACGAGGAGAUCUACGGCGUGCUCUCAUUCGUCUUCUGGACGCUCACCCUCAUCACCCUCCUCAAGUACGUGGUCAUUGUCCUCCGUGCCGACGACGGCGGGGAGGGCGGCACCUUCGCGCUCUACUCCCUCAUCUGCCGCCACGUCCGCGCCGGCCUCCUGCCCGGCGGCGGCACCAGAGAUGAGCUCAUGGAGGAAGAGAAGGCCACCGGGCGUCGUGGCGAGCGGCCCGUGUCCAGGGUCAGGGCGGUGCUUGAGAAGUACAGAGUGCUGCAGCGGCUGUUGCUGCUGUUCGCACUGCUCGGGACAUGCAUGGUCAUCGGGGACGGCGUGCUCACCCCUGCAGUCUCUGUGUUUUCUGCGGUAUCUGGGCUUGAGUUGUCGUUGGAAAAGGAACAGCACAAAUAUAUAGAACUUCCUGUGGCCUGUGCCAUACUUAUAUGCUUGUUUGCGCUGCAACACUACGGCACACACAAAGUUGGGUUUCUUUUUGCACCAAUCGUAUGCAUUUGGCUUCUCUGCAUAAGUGCAAUAGGCCUCUACAAUAUCAUCCGUUGGGACCACCAUGUUUAUCGAGCCCUCUCGCCAUAUUACAUGUAUCAAUUCCUCAGGAAGACUCAAACUGGUGGCUGGAUGUCACUGGGUGGAAUCCUUCUCUGUGUAACAGGCUCUGAAGCUAUGUAUGCAGAUCUUGGACAUUUUUCGCAAUCAGCAAUACAGAUUGCAUUCAUAUAUGUGGUUUAUCCUGCACUUGUAUUGGCUUACAUGGGACAAGCGGCUUUUAUUUCACAACAUCACAACUUCGAGAGCAGUUAUCAUAUUGGAUUUUAUGUGUCAGUACCAGAAACACUCAGAUGGCCUGUUCUGGUGAUUGCUAUACUGGCAGCUGUAGUUGGGAGUCAGGCAAUUAUUACUGGAACCUUUUCAAUCAUCAAGCAGUGCUCUUCAUUAAGUUGUUUCCCUGGAGUGAAGAUUGUGCACACAUCCUCGACAGUGCAUGGUCAGAUAUACAUACCAGAAAUCAAUUGGAUGCUGAUGAUACUCUGCCUGGCUGUUACUAUUGGCUUCAGAGACACAAAGCACUUGGCAAAUGCACAAGGGUUGGCAGUAAUAACUGUCAUGCUUGUUACCACUUGCUUAAUGUCACUCGUUAUUGUGCUUUGCUGGAACAAGAGUAUCUUCCUUGCCCUUGGUUUCCUGCUUUUCUUUGGCGCGAUCGAAGUAAUCUACUUCUCAGCUUCCCUUGUCAAGUUUCAUGAAGGUGCUUGGGUUCCUAUUACUCUCUCCUUCAUAUUUAUGGUGGUCAUGUGUGUCUGGCACUAUGGCACGAUAAAGAAGUACGAGUUCGAUGUGCAAAACAAGGUUUCAGUAAACUGGCUCUUAAACCUUGGUCCUUCGCUGGGCAUUGUUCGUGUUCGAGGCAUUGGGCUAAUACAUACAGAACUGAUGUCUGGAAUCCCAGCUAUCUUCUCCCACUUCGUCACCAAUCUGCCUGCGUUUCACCAGGUACUGGUAUUCCUCUGUGUCAAAUCAGUUCCUGUGCCGCAUGUGCAACCUGAGGAACGAUUUCUGGUGGGUCGCAUUGGUCCGAAAGAGUAUAGGCUAUACAGGGUCAUUGUCAGAUACGGUUAUCGCGAUGUCCAGAAAGAUGACCUAGAGUUCGAGAAGGAGCUAGUCGGCAACAUUGCAGAGUUCAUCCGCAGCAGCGCGGAAUACGACAAGAAUGGCUUCGCCGAGGACACAGAUAAGCCCUCCGGGAAGCUGUCCACCAUCAGCACUGGAAUUAACAUGUGGGAAGAGGAUGGAGAACCUGAUGCAUCCUCAUCCCCUCGCAAGGAGACAGACCCACGCGACGCAGCACCCGAGCGAAAGAAAGCGAGGUUCAUGAUACCAAAGAGCGCCCAGGUGGACAGCGAGGUGCGGCGCGAGCUGCAGGAGCUCAUGGACGCCAGGGAGGCGGGCAUGUCCUUCAUCCUGGGACGCUCGUACAUGAAGGCGAAGAGCGGGUCGGGUUUCGUAAAGCGGGUCGUGAUAAACUUGUUGUACGAGUUCUUGAGGAAGAACAGCCGUGGCCCUGCGUACGCCGCGAGCAUACCCCAUGCCUCCACUCUUGAGGUAGGAAUGGUCUACCAGGUCUGACAAACAGUUAGCGGGGUGUGUAAAGGUAGAAGAAACUAGAAGAGAUGAGACGACGCUUGUAUAUACACCCACUUGUUGCUGCCGAUACCGUUAACAUAAUUACAGGAUAACACAGAGUAGAGAGACAUUUGAAAACAGCUGUGGAUAGCCCAACCAGAAGCAUGUGUUUAGUUUCGUGAUAUGUUUGCUGCUGCUGUUGACUUGCUGAGUCUCAGACAGUACUUGUGAGCUGUCAUUGUCUGUGAGCUGUAAUUGUCUGGGCGACUAGCAAAAUAGCAGUUUUGACGUGCAGCGACCUCUGUAGUUCUGCUA